GCUAUCAUCGAUCUCACCUGUGAGGACACAAGCACAGAUGCAGAGCCAGCGAGCGUCACCACCAUCAUCGACCUGACAGAGGACACACGCAGCCCUCCCCACACCACCGGCUGGGUUGAGGAGGACCCCAGGCAGCAGAAACCCGAGUUCAUCCCCAGUGGGAAGCUGAACAUGGUGCGCACCACCAUGGAGGAGAACUUCCUGGAGGUCACCUUGCAUUUCCUGAGCGACUUCGUCUCCCACCAGCACUGUCCCCCCAAAGAAAUUAUCUCGCACCUGAUUAAACAGAUCCUGUUGCACCCCCACCGAGGGGAGAUCCUGAAGGACAUCUACACGCUGCUGAUUAAGAUCCAAAUAGAGGCAAAGUUCUGUGAGGUGACAGGCCCAGGAGUCCUUCUCUCCAUGGAGUACAGCCCCAGUCAGGAGAAGCCCCCUGGCUGGCUCCUCUUCCUGCAGUACGUGGUACAGACUCUGGAGGACGACUUCCAGCAGAACGUGAGGUUGCGCCUCCUCCAGAAGUCAAUUGCCAAGAAAGUGCUUUCGUGUGACCUGUGCUUCAACAAUGUCAAGGAGGUGGUUGAAUGGUUGGUCGCAGCAGUUACAGGAGUCGGGUUCUCCCAGCCCCAGGAGCAGCUGCAAAAAACUACUUCAGCAGAAGCAAGGGUGAUGUUCCUGCUCCAGCGGAUGUUGUCCAUCGCAGUUGAAGUGGACAAAUCUCCCAACUGCAGCUCCUGUAAGAUCGCAGAUGUGAUGUUCCCAUUUAUACUGAAUAUUCCCCUGAGGAGCCAAAGGGAAGCUUUCUUAAACACCAUGGAGAGCCAGCUCCUCCGCUGCAAACUGCUAGAGCUGUUGUUCCAGCAUAGUUGCGAUGUGCCCACAACCUUGCCCUUGUCUCUAGCCAAGAUCCUGUACUUCCUGAGCCACUCCUCUGUGCUCCUGCAAUACCAGGAUGAAACAGCAGUAUGGCAGAGAUGGGAUGAGAUGCUGCAGUACCUGAAUUUGUUGCUGCUGAGUUACCAAAAUGUAGUACUAGAGCACUUACGGAGCUCACUCAGCGACAGGAUGGACUUGAUCAUUCAGAAAGCCAAGCCCAAGCUUCAGGACAGCGAUGACGUCAGCCACCGGGACAUCCAGCUGAAGAUCGAGGAUUUCAUGAGCCGAAUGCAGCAGGUUCUGGGGCAGCCUUUUCCCCAGCAGAUCAAGGAGAAAUUGCACCUUCUCAGACUGUUUCCUGUGGCUAUCCAUGCCACACUAAUGCAAUUCACCAGCACUGUUACUGAAACUUUGACCUUGUGGGUGUCCACUUGGAGAGUUCACUAUUAA